AUGUUGGCGUGCUCCUGGUUGUUGGUGACAGCCGUGUUGACGGCCCUGGUGGGGACGUCCUCGGGAAAGGUCUACAGAAAGUGCGAGUUAGCUAGCGUGCUGGAGCGGCAAUUCCGCUUGCCAAGAUAUGUCAUUAAAAAAUGGGUAUGCAUCGCAGAGUUUGAGUCCAGGUUCAACACAGCAGCUAUCAACCCAUACAACUAUGACGGUAGCAAGGACUAUGGUAUCUUCCAGAUCAACAGCAUGUACUGGUGUUGGGAUGGUACCAGAGGCGGGAGAAACCUUUGCGGGAUACGUUGUAGAGAUCUGUUGAGUGACAACCUCUCGAAAGACGUCUCCUGUGCCCUGAAGAUCCUCAAUGCCCAAGGAUAUUCAGCUUGGGUUGCCUACAACAACAAAUGCCGUUAUCGUAACCUUGAUGUAUACAUGGCAGAGUGCUGGGGUGCUUCUGGAAGAGGAUACAAUAAUCUGUAAAGGGAUGGUACUGAAGAGACUCUUCUGUGUCGAACAUGGCGAGGCUUCCCAUUGGACCUGAGGUUUACACUCUCCACCAGUUCGUCUACAUCACUGCUACCACUUCCAGCUACCCCAGACCCACUGAUUUUUCAACCCCUGUACUUAUAAUUACAGCAUGAGGGAGUAAUUCCAGGAGGUCUGGUCUGGAACCGAGGGCCGGUGAACCCAGGACACGACAUGUUAGAUACAGGUGACUUUCUUAUAACCCACAAGAUGUGCAUUAUUAUAAUGAACCACGUCAGUAACUUAUUGUACAAGUACAGGUAUGUUAAUAUCGAAUGAUAGCGGUAAUAAGGCACACAUAUACAAUAUAUUUAUUGAGAAAUUUUCGCCACUUGUAGUUAUAAGGAGUGAUAAAAACACCAAUGGAAAUAAAUGGUAUAAAAUACCGACACAGUAGAAAUAUAAAUACAUAAACAGUAUAAUGUGAUCCUUUAUUGACAACGUUCCGCCCACACAG